UAGAAUGUAAACAAUAUUUAUCUUUCGAAAAUCAAUUAACACUUUCCUAUGUAAGACUCUAAAAUAAAUUAAUCAUUAACGUUUAACAGAAGACUUCAAGAUUCUUUUUAUAAUUGUUUUGUAGUAACGUAAACAAGCGCCAACAGCACAUUUUUAUAACAAACCAUGAAGAAAAAUAGUGCUCAACAGCCCGCUUUGCACAAAGUCAUAAUGGUUGGUAGUGGUGGUGUUGGUAAAUCUGCUCUUACCCUUCAAUUCAUGUACGACGAGUUUGUUGAAGAUUAUGAACCGACUAAAGCUGACUCAUACCGUAAGAAAGUUGUCUUGGAUGGCGAAGAAGUUCAAAUCGAUAUAUUGGAUACAGCUGGUCAAGAAGAUUAUGCUGCUAUACGUGACAACUAUUUUCGAAGUGGCGAAGGAUUUUUAUGUGUAUUUUCUAUUACAGAAGAUGAUAGUUUUCAAGCAACAAUGGAAUUUAGAGAACAAAUUCUUCGAGUAAAGAAUGAUGAAAAUAUACCUUUUCUAUUGGUUGGUAACAAAGGAGAUUUAACAGAUAAACGAAAAGUAUCCCUUAAUGAAGCUCAGUCAAGAGCUCAAGAAUGGGGUGUGCCAUAUGUUGAAACAUCUGCUAAGACAAGAGAUAAUGUUGAUAAAGUAUUUUUUGACUUGAUGCGUGAGAUACGUGCUCGCAAGAAGGAAGAUGUUAAAGGAGCAAAUGGGCGAGGUAAAGACAAAAAUAGACGGAAGAAGUUGAAAUGUAAUAUUGUAUGAAAAGAAAAGACCAUCAACAUUUAAGAAAAUUAAUUUCUUUAUUAUUUAUUAUUAUUUUUAAAGCUCUAUCAAUAUUUUAAUUUUUUUUUCUGAAAAGUAUUGAUUCAUUAUCUUCGUCCUAAAAAUAUAUCAAGGAUUUUCACUUUA